AUGAAGGUCGCCAUCCUCUUGCUCGCCGCGGCCCUAGGGUCUGCAAGCCCUGUACCAGCGCAAAACUCGAUACAAGCUCGGGAUGGGCAGAAUGCAUGUGAUUGCUCUAAGCCUUUUGAAGUCUCUGUGUCUGAGGUUAAAAGGUGCCCUGAUGGCUACAAGGACAUCUCACCUGUCUGGAUCCCUCAUUGCGUUCAAAUCGGUUGCUCUGCUGAGGAUCACAAAGCCAAAUGCGACGCCAAGCCCCAAGAUGCAAAGCCUUCAACUGCGGCGGAAAAGCCUGAAAAUACGACAAUAGCCCCUGAUGAGCAGAAGACAUGUGAUUGCUCUAAGCCUUUUGAAGUCUCUGUGUCUGAGGUUGAAAGGUGCCCUGAUGGCUACAAGGACAUCUCACCUGUCUGGAUCCCUCAUUGCGUUCAAAUCGGUUGCUCUGCUGAGGAUCACAAAGCCAAAUGCGACGCCAAGCCCCAAGAUGCAAAGCCUUCAACUGCGGCGGAAAAGCCUGAAAAUACGACAAUAGCCCCUGAUGAGCAGAAGACAUGUGAUUGCUCUAAGCCUUUUGAAGUCUCUGUGUCUGAGGUUGAAAGGUGCCCUGAUGGCUACAAGGACAUCUCACCUGUCUGGAUCCCUCAUUGCGUUCAAAUCGGUUGCUCUGCUGAGGAUCACAAAGCCAAAUGCGACGCCAAGCCCCAAGAUGCAAAGCCUUCAACUGCGGCGGAAAAGCCUGAAAAUACGACAAUAGCCCCUGAUGAGCAGAAGACAUGUGAUUGCUCUAAGCCUUUUGAAGUCUCUGUGUCUGAGGUUGAAAGGUGCCCUGAUGGCUACAAGGACAUCUCACCUGUCUGGAUCCCUCAUUGCGUUCAAAUCGGUUGCUCUGCUGAGGAUCACAAAGCCAAAUGCGACGCCAAGCCCCAAGAUGCAAAGCCUUCAACUGCGGCGGAAAAGCCUGAAAAUACGACAAUAGCCCCUGAUGAGCAGAAGACAUGUGAUUGCUCUAAGCCUUUUGAAGUCUCUGUGUCUGAGGUUGAAAGGUGCCCUGAUGGCUACAAGGACAUCUCACCUGUCUGGAUCCCUCAUUGCGUUCAAAUCGGUUGCUCUGCUGAGGAUCACAAAGCCAAAUGCGACGCCAAGCCCCAAGAUGCAAAGCCUUCAACUGCGGCGGAAAAGCCUGAAAAUACGACAAUAGCCCCUGAUGAGCAGAAGACAUGUGAUUGCUCUAAGCCUUUUGAAGUCUCUGUGUCUGAGGUUGAAAGGUGCCCUGAUGGCUACAAGGACAUCUCACCUGUCUGGAUCCCUCAUUGCGUUCAAAUCGGUUGCUCUGCUGAGGAUCACAAAGCCAAAUGCGACGCCAAGCCCCAAGAUGCAAAGCCUUCAACUGCGGCGGAAAAGCCUGAAAAUACGACAAUAGCCCCUGAUGAGCAGAAGACAUGUGAUUGCUCUAAGCCUUUUGAAGUCUCUGUGUCUGAGGUUGAAAGGUGCCCUGAUGGCUACAAGGACAUCUCACCUGUCUGGAUCCCUCAUUGCGUUCAAAUCGGUUGCUCUGCUGAGGAUCACAAAGCCAAAUGCGACGCCAAGCCCCAAGAUGCAAAGCCUUCAACUGCGGCGGAAAAGCCUGAAAAUACGACAAUAGCCCCUGAUGAGCAGAAGACAUGUGAUUGCUCUAAGCCUUUUGAAGUCUCUGUGUCUGAGGUUGAAAGGUGCCCUGAUGGCUACAAGGACAUCUCACCUGUCUGGAUCCCUCAUUGCGUUCAAAUCGGUUGCUCUGCUGAGGAUCACAAAGCCAAAUGCGACGCCAAGCCCCAAGAUGCAAAGCCUUCAACUGCGGCGGAAAAGCCUGAAAAUACGACAAUAGCCCCUGAUGAGCAGAAGACAUGUGAUUGCUCUAAGCCUUUUGAAGUCUCUGUGUCUGAGGUUGAAAGGUGCCCUGAUGGCUACAAGGACAUCUCACCUGUCUGGAUCCCUCAUUGCGUUCAAAUCGGUUGCUCUGCUGAGGAUCACAAAGCCAAAUGCGACGCCAAGCCCCAAGAUGCAAAGCCUUCAACUGCGGCGGAAAAGCCUGAAAAUACGACAAUAGCCCCUGAUGAGCAGAAGACAUGUGAUUGCUCUAAGCCUUUUGAAGUCUCUGUGUCUGAGGUUGAAAGGUGCCCUGAUGGCUACAAGGACAUCUCACCUGUCUGGAUCCCUCAUUGCGUUCAAAUCGGUUGCUCUGCUGAGGAUCACAAAGCCAAAUGCGACGCCAAGCCCCAAGAUGCAAAGCCUUCAACUGCGGCGGAAAAGCCUGAAAAUACGACAAUAGCCCCUGAUGAGCAGAAGACAUGUGAUUGCUCUAAGCCUUUUGAAGUCUCUGUGUCUGAGGUUGAAAGGUGCCCUGAUGGCUACAAGGACAUCUCACCUGUCUGGAUCCCUCAUUGCGUUCAAAUCGGUUGCUCUGCUGAGGAUCACAAAGCCAAAUGCGACGCCAAGCCCCAAGAUGCAAAGCCUUCAACUGCGGCGGAAAAGCCUGAAAAUACGACAAUAGCCCCUGAUGAGCAGAAGACAUGUGAUUGCUCUAAGCCUUUUGAAGUCUCUGUGUCUGAGGUUGAAAGGUGCCCUGAUGGCUACAAGGACAUCUCACCUGUCUGGAUCCCUCAUUGCGUUCAAAUCGGUUGCUCUGCUGAGGAUCACAAAGCCAAAUGCGACGCCAAGCCCCAAGAUGCAAAGCCUUCAACUGCGGCGGAAAAGCCUGAAAAUACGACAAUAGCCCCUGAUGAGCAGAAGACAUGUGAUUGCUCUAAGCCUUUUGAAGUCUCUGUGUCUGAGGUUGAAAGGUGCCCUGAUGGCUACAAGGACAUCUCACCUGUCUGGAUCCCUCAUUGCGUUCAAAUCGGUUGCUCUGCUGAGGAUCACAAAGCUAAAUGCAGCAGCAACAACAACAACAACAACGACAACGACGACGACGACGACGACAACAACAACAACAACAAGAAGAAGAAGGAGCCUGCAACUGCCAAAAGCGACUGUCAAGCACCACCACAAAUAUAG